CGCCGAGGCCGGGCUGUGCCGUGCCGGACGGGUAGCGGUAGCGGCGAAGAGGAGGAAGUAGGUGGUAGGCAGCGGUGGCCCGGAGCCCGGCCCGGGCCGAGGCGCCGGGCAAGAUGCCGGGCGGACGGGUAUGUGCCGCCUGCGGCUGCUCGGAGAUCGAGGUGGACGCGGCACGAGGGGACGCGGUGUGCACGGGCUGCGGCUCGGUGCUGGAGGACAACAUCAUCGUCUCCGAGGUGCAGUUCGUGGAGAACAGCGGCGGCGGCUCCUCCGCCGUAGGGCAGUUCGUGUCCCUGGAUGGUGCAGGCAAAACACCGACGUUAGGAGGUGGAUUCCAUGCCAAUCUGGGAAAGGAGUCGCGAGCACAAACUCUGCAGAAUGGGAAACGUCAGAUACACCACUUGGGGAACCAGCUUCAACUGAAUCAACAUUGUCUGGACACUGCCUUUAAUUUUUUCAAGAUGGCUGUGAGCAAACACCUAACCCGGGGGAGGAAGAUGACCCAUGUAAUUGCUGCGUGCCUCUACUUGGUGUGUAGGACAGAAGGAACUCCUCACAUGUUACUUGACCUCAGUGAUCUUCUUCAGGUGAAUGUCUAUGUGCUGGGAAAAACUUUCCUUCUGUUGGCCAGAGAACUCUGCAUAAAUGCUCCAGCCAUAGAUCCCUGUUUGUACAUUCCUCGUUUUGCACACAUGCUAGAGUUUGGGGAUAAGAACCACGAGGUGUCCAUGACGGCUCUCAGGCUGUUGCAGAGAAUGAAGCGGGACUGGAUGCACACCGGCCGCCGGCCCUCCGGGCUCUGUGGAGCAGCUCUCCUAGUGGCAGCAAGAAUGCAUGAUUUCCGACGUACUGUUAAAGAGGUCAUCAGGGUGGUCAAGGUUUGUGAGUCUACAUUAAGGAAAAGGUUGACAGAGUUUGAAGACACACCAACAAGUCAGCUAACCAUAGAUGAGUUUAUGAAGAUUGACUUGGAAGAAGAGUGUGAUCCUCCUUCAUUUACAGCGGGUCAAAAAAAAUUGAAGAUACAGCAGCUCGAGAAGGCACUAUCAAAAAAGCUGGAAGAUUUUGAAGGGGAAAUAACGAGCUAUCAAGACGAAAUAGAGAUUGAGUUAGAAAACAGUAGACCGAAAGCAAAAGGCGUGUUUGCAAAUUUCACUAAAGAUGAUUCUAUAGAAGAUAAUGCAUCUAGCUUACUUGGAGAGGAAGAGGCAGAAGAUGAGGAACUGGAAGCAGCUGCUAAUCACUUAAACAAGGACUUUUAUAAUGAACUUCAUGAGAAGGAUAGCUUAAAAAAAGCAGAAGCUGGGGAGUGCAAAAAUGGAAAUGAAGCUCUUGUAAGACCACCAGCGCUGGAAUCCUUGCUCGGCCCGCUCCCCACUGCAGCUAGUCUUGGCAUAACGGAGUCCAUAAAAGAGUGCAUAUCCACUAAGGACCGAGAGCCUGGUGAGACUACAGGAGACGGUGAAUUAGAUCUAAGUGGGAUUGAUGACAGUGAAAUAGAUCGGUAUAUACUUAAUGAAACAGAGGCUCAGAUAAAAGCAGAGCUGUGGAUGAAAGAAAAUGCAGAUUAUUUGAAAGAACAGAAAGAAAAGGAAGCAAGAAUAGCAAAAGAAAAAGAACUUGGGAUUUAUAAAGAACACAAGCCAAAGAAAUCUGCAAAGAAACGGGAGCCAAUACAAGCCAGCACAGCAGGAGAGGCAAUUGAAAAGAUGUUAGAACAGAAGAAAAUCUCAAGUAAAAUUAAUUAUAAUGUGCUAAGGGACCUGAACAGCAAAGGAAGUAGCACACCAAAGAAAGAGGAUGACAGCACUGAUGACAGCACCAACACCAAGAAGCUGUCAAGAAGAAAAUCUAUUGCCAAUAGGAAUAUAGCCAACCCUGUAAACAGUGUGGGAAAAAGAUUAAGACCCUUGAUUUCAACACAGCUUGCUAAAAAGGCUGCCACUGAAGAGCAAGUGACCUUUCCAAAUGCACAAGCAGAAGCCCCUGACAUAGAAAAACCAGCAGCUGUGGUAGUGGAGAGUGGCCCAGUAGCUUAUAACCCUGAUGAAGAGGUGGAAGAGGAAGAAAUAGAAGAUGAUGAUGAUCACUGCAUGAGUGCCUUGCAGUUGAUGGGAGGAAAUGAUUAUGGCUGUGAUAUGGAUGAUGAUGAUGGCUAUUAGUUGCAUUGACUUCUGAAGGACAUGGGCUGUGUCUUACUCUCAGCAAAUCUUCAAUCUUCAAACUGUGUGAAUAGUGAAAGCAGCUGUCUGUGGUCAGCAAACGUAAUCGAACAAUCCUUACUUUUUUAAAGCGUAUUUUAGGUUGGCUUUGACUCUGGUCAGUUUACAUUGACCCAUAACCCAGCAAUAAAGUUUAGGUUUUUACUUGAAUCAUUUUUUUUUUC